AUGUAUUAUUUAAAAAUUAAUUUAAUUUAUUUUUUUAUUUUCUACAAUUUAAUUGAGGGAAAUAAUAAUAAUUCUUUUUUUAAUCCAAUUAUUUACAAAAAUUGUAAAUCCAAUUUUGAAAUAAUUUCUGUUGGAAUAACUGAAUGCGAUAAAAGUGAACGUUGUGAAUUUAAACGUGGGAAAGAAUAUUCUUUACAAAUUGGAUUCAAACCUGACAAAAAAGUGGAUAAUUUAAAAACUUUGGUUUGGGCCCACCUUGGAGAUGCUCAUGGCGCUUUAACCCGUUUUCAUGUUGAUAACGAAGAUGCUUGUAUUGAAAGUAAUAUAACUUGUCCUUUAAUGGCAAACAAAAUAUAUUGGUAUAAACAAACUGUUCUUCUUUUACAAGAAUAUCCAAUUGUAAAUUGGCUUUUAAUAAAUCCUGAUGCGGAAAAGAAUGACAAAGGACUUCCAAUAAAUAGAGACGUUUGUAUUAAAUUUUUGGCAAAAGUAAAGGAAUAA